UGCUGGCUCACACUGGGCAUUGCUUUUAUUUCAGUGCGGCCUGCUUUGUGGAAUGAGACGAAGCUGUCCUAGGAUAGGGUGCAGGUCCCAAGAAAAUAAUGAUUUAAAAGUUGGCGCAUGAAGGAAUCGUAGUCUGUCAAGGGGGAAAGCGUCUGCAGAAGCUCGAAUGAGCCAAGUGGUGGGAAUGCAGCUGCGGGACACAGCAGGUGGGACUCAGUCGGUGGCGCGUGUCUGCUUGGCGAAGAGGGAACAGUCCGUCUGGAACAGGAGCGAAUUCCAGGUGACGCCUGAGCCCCUGCCCCCGGCCCGCAUCUCCCUGGAGGAGCACACACAGCGUCCGCAAGGCACGGGUGGAAGCGGUGAUGGAGAACUACGAGCUGGUCACUUCCCUGGGCUACCCGGUUCUCAAGCCCGAUCUGCUUUCUCGGAUCGAACGUGCCGGAGAGCAGUGUGCUGGAGAUCAGCUGGACUCGAGCAGGGGGAUCCCGACAGAUCCCUGCCCAGGCUACCGUUUCUUCAAGCCAGAGAGCCUGUCUUGGAUCGAGCGGUGGGAGGACCUGGGCGUCACGGACCGCCAGAAGCUGGAGGAAGGCAAGCUGUGCACGGGCUCCUGUCAAGGGGCAGCUGGCCGCGGCAAGGCCAUCAAGGAGGAGGAGGGCGGCCAGAAGGGCUUUGUGGCAAGCUUGGAGCGCUACCAGCUCUUCCCCGACAGCUCCCGAGCGGGGCUCUUCCUGGCCCCCAACUCCGCCCAGCUGAGGAGCCAGCCCCGCGUCAAGAAGGAGGAGGCGGCCUCGUGUGAGCCCAGCCUCUGCGGGCCGGGGCGCCCCUCCCAGGGCCUGGGGUCCGGACCCUUUGCCUGCGUGGUGUGCGGGAAGUGCUUCCGGCAGAAGCAAGGCCUCAUCACGCAUGGGCGCAUCCACACGGGCGAGAAGCCCUACCCCUGCCUGGAGUGCGGCAAGCGCUUCCGCCAGCGGCCCAACCUGCUGACGCACCAGCGGGUGCACACGGGCGAGCGCCCCUUCCCCUGCCUGCGCUGUGGGAAGCGCUUCAGCCAGAAGGCGAACCUGGCCGCCCACCAGCGCACCCACGCCGUCCAGGAGGGCCUGAUCAGCCCCGAGCCCAAGGUGCCCGUGCCGCGGGGCAGCCGCCAGACGGAGAAGCCCUUCCCCUGCAACGUCUGCGGGAAGAGCUUCAGCCAGCGGCCCAACCUCAUCACCCACCAGCGCAUCCACACGGGCGAGAAGCCCUUCGCCUGCACCGAGUGCGGGAAGCGCUUCAACCAGCGGGCCAACCUCAUCACCCACCGGCGCAUCCACUCGGGCGAGCGCCCCUUCCCCUGCGCCACCUGCGGCCGGCGCUUCAGCCAGAAGGGCAACCUCGCGGCGCACCAGCGCACCCACUCGCAGCAGCGCCCGCACGCCUGCACCUGCUGCCCCAAGCGCUUCAAGGGCGAGUCGGCCCUGCGGGCGCACCAGCGGACCCACCGGCAGGUCCUGGGCGCGGACCCCCUGGCCAGCACCCUCCUGGCGGCCCCCGCCCUCCAGCAGCCCCUGGCGGGCGACCCCGCCUCCGUGGCUGCUGCGCAGCGCGCGACGCCCGCCCCGCGCCAGGAGCUCGCGGGGGACCCGCCCCCGGGGGUCCACCGGGCAGCUCCGCCCGGGCAGCACGGGGCCCCUCACGGGCAGAGCCUCCCCGCGGACCCUCCGGCGGGUCCCCACGCAGCGGGCCCCGCCGGCCACCUCCAGGGUGUGGCCCCCAGCGCCGAACAAGCGCCGAAGCUUAGCGCCCCCCCCGCCGGGAUGGACCCCCACACGGAGAUGCUCCACUGCCAGCGCCGGCUGAGCCUGCCGGCCCUGCCCAGCGCCAGCGCCCACUCCGUGGUGCCCAUGGGGCAGCCCCAGCCGAUCACCUCCAAGCCGAAGAGCGUGCCGGGGCCCCGGCCGGCCGCGGUGGAUGCCCCGAGCGAGAUGAUCCACUGCCUCUGCCACGCCAGCCGGGCCUCCCUGGUCAUUCCGCACCCGCCGCACCUGGGGCAGCUCCAGCCGGGGAGCAGGGACACCCCUGGCCGCGCCUGGCUGGGCAUCCCUUGCCCGGCACGCACCCUUCAGCUCCAGCAGGGCGCCCAGAGCCACCCGGCAGCCCCCAAUCCCAGACUGUGUUCGAUCCCGGACUCCCUGCGGUAG